AGAGAGCCGCCUCGUCGACACGUUAGCUCAGCAGCAGCAGAUCCUUCACCUGGAAACCUAAGAGGAGAUACUCAUUCAACAGCUCCUUCGUGUUGUUUAAGGUGGAAGGUGUGCGAGUUGAAGACAUGAAUGCUGAUGUUGCUGUUUUCACAUCUGGACCUCCGUGGAGUAAAAUCCCAAACAUUACGAACCUCCCAGACUCCGGCACUUCUUCAUGGACCUUCCCUUCGCUCCUACCGGAUCCAAACUCCUCCCAUCCCUCCAGUGAUAGAAUGCUCCCCAGCGGACCCUCUCCCUCCCCGGGCCCCCAUUAUCCGGAUGCCCAGCUGGACUUCUUCCACAAGCUGGGGUACUCCACGGCCCAGGUUCAGGCCGUUCAGCAGAAGUUCGGCCCCAACAUGGACACAGACAAACUCCUGGGGGAGCUGGUGAAGAUCGGGGCGAGCCAGGAGGCCGGUGGGGGGCCCGAGCAGGGGCCGGUGACCACGAUGUCUGUGCUGGUGCCCAGAGGGGAGCCCCAGCCUGCGGGGCCCACCAUGCUGCUCCCCCGAGCAGUGUCCUCCCCGCAGAGCAGAGAGGAGAUCCCCGAAGAGGACGAUGCUCUGAGACCCAUCGUUAUAGACGGGAGCAACGUGGCCAUGAGCCACGGGAACAAGGAAGUGUUCUCUUGUCUGGGAAUCCAGCUGGCUGUGGACUUCUUCAUGGACAGAGGUCACAGUGAAGUCACCGUGUUUGUUCCCUCGUGGAGGAAGGAGCAGCCUCGGCCAGAUGUUCCCAUCACAGAUCAGCACAUUCUCCGAGACCUGGAGAAAAGGAAGAUUGUGGUGUUCACGCCAUCGAGACGUGUUGCGGGCAAACGGGUGGUCUGUAACGACGACUGUUUUAUCGUCAAGCUGGGCUACGAGUCUGACGGCAUCAUCGUGUCCAACGACAUGUACCGAGACCUUCAGGGAGAGAAGCCUGAGUGGAAACGGUUCAUUGAGGAGAGGCUGCUCAUGUAUUCCUUUGUUAAUAACAAGUUUAUGCCUCCUGAUGAUCCUCUGGGCCGCUACGGACCGACCCUUGAAAACUUUUUGCGGAGGUUUCCAAAGACUCAGAAAAAACAACUAUGUCCUUAUGGGAAGAAGUGCACUUAUGGGAUUAAAUGUAAAUUCCACCAUCCAGAGCGAGCCAAACAGUCCAACCGCUCUGUUGCCGACGAGCUUCGGGUCAACGCUAAGCACCCGUCCACCGCUCAGAAACAAUCCUCCACUCGCUCCAGUCCUGUGCCGGGACAGAGCCUCUCGCUGGUGGAGGACAUGGCACGGAAACUGACUUUGGGACCCGAGAGUGGUUCCCUAAAGAAAGAUCAUAAAAGUCACCGCUCCAGCAAGAAGGCCACAUCUAAAAAGGAGAAGCGCUUGACUCCUGACCUCAUGUCAGUGCGGCAGAGUGGCUCUUGGGAGCAGCUGGACUCUGGUUUAGGCUCUAUAGACAGUCAGCCAAUGGAGGCUCCUCAGAGUGUGUGUGAUCACCAGUAUGCGACGGCGUAUGAGAGCCUGCAGAACAGCCACAGUGUGAGACAGCAGUACAGCCCUCCCUGCAGCUGCUGCUCACAUGGCCCUUCCUCUGGAGGCACGACGCCUGCUUUCCAGCACCAAAACCAGCAUUACAGCAUUCCCUACAUGCAUCAGUACCCCAGCUACAACGAAUACCCGGUGAGUGCGUACAGUCAGCCGACAGACUUCCAGCACAGCAGAGCCCACAGCCACCAUCAGCAGCAGUACUGGUCCGACCCAAUAGGGGCUCAUCCUCAGGUGGUCCAGCGCCUGUCGAGGGAGCGCUCUCAGUGGGAGGCUCCUCCGGGGUCCAGACCUGGCGGGCAGGAGAGGGAGGUUGUGAGAAAGAAGCUGCUUGCUAUCUUCAGCGUCAACUUGGUAGAUGCAGCCAUGGAUAUGUAUCCUCAGCUGAUGGAUCCACAGAUGCUGGUAGUGGAGAUCCUAAAGCUGCAGAGUCAGAAAUAGUCGCUGAGACGAGAUCCAGCGAUGAUGUGAACACAUGUUCAGAAAAGUGAAACAUGAGUUUGUGUUUUUAUGUAUUGUGGUAUCCACCUUGCUGUAAACUGUACUUGAAUGCAUUUUUUAGACAAUCGUUUAGUCCAGGCAUUAGUCCACAGGUAUUUCCUACAAUUUCUUGUUAACAUAGGAACUAAACAAUCUCUUAAACUAAUGCUUAGACGCCAGUGUGCAAAAGGCCAAAACACAUACAAACAUUUUUUGUUAAAAGAAAUACCUGUGUACAAGUGGACUAGUCCUGUAUUUGAGCUUCUUUUUAAAACUGUUAAAUUGUAAGUAAGAUAAGAGGCAGUAUGCUGUUGAUACAAAUUGUAUCUUUGUUUACAAAUCUUAAAGGGAGAAGUGGAUUUUAAUGCCGUUAUAUGGGAUUUAAAACAACACCCUGUUACUGUCAACUCAGAAUGUACUCUAUUUGUGUACACCUGUAAUCGAUCCAAUAUUACUGUCAACUUGUAUUAUGCCUGUUAUGUCUUUUUGUGUCAUAUUGGCACUGUGCCUGUUAUGCUUUUACUAGAGUUGGGCGAUAAUUCAGAUGGAUCCACCCUUCAGUUUUUUUUCCUUGUACGAUGUGAGGGUCUAAGGACAGAGGGUGUCGUAUUGUCAUACUGAUAUUCUGUACAAACUGUGAAGUCCACUGAGACAAAUGUAACAU